UUGGGCCCUGCAGGGCUGUGCCAGCAGGACAGGAGGCUCAGGAUGGGCACAGAAGGACUCCGAUGCCCUCAGGUGCUGUGGCUCCUCCUCUGGGUGCAGCCGUGCAGAGGGGCAGCGGAGGUGAGGCUGGCGGAUGGCAGCGGGUGCUGUGAUGGGAGAGUGGAGGUGAAACGCCAGGAGCAGUGGGGGACCGUGUGUGAUCUCUACUGGGAUGAAGAUGAUGCAGCAGUGGUUUGUAAGCAGCUGGGCUGUGGGUCAGCAAUCAGUGCUACACGGAGUGAAAGAUUUGUGCUAGGAUCUGGCCCCAUUUGGAUGGCUGAGGUCCAGUGUCGAGGCACUGAGUCUGCCCUGUCUGACUGCAAACAUGAUGAACGGUUUGUUCAAUUCUGCGCACACACUCGGGACGCUGGAGCUACAUGUACAGGAUUUGUCCGUCUGGUCGGAGGGGACAGCCGCUGCUCAGGACGAGUGGAGAUCCAUGACAGGGAUGGGUGGAAAUCUGUCUGUGACUCACACUUUGGUCCCAAAGCUGCUGAUGUGGUCUGCAGAGAUCUUCAGUGUGGCACAGCCCUGCCCGUCCCCACAGCAAGUCCCUUUGGAGAAGGGACCGGUGCCAUCUGGGACAGAGAGCUGCAGUGCGUGGGGAACGAAUCCAGCCUCUCCUCCUGCCCCACGGGGACCCCUCGGGUCCAGCCCUGUGCCCAGACAAGCAUUGCUGCAGUCACCUGCACACGGUUCAGGCUGGUGAAUGGCAGCACGGCGUGCGUGGGCAGGGUGGAAGUGGGGGUGCAGGGAACAUGGGGCAGCCUUUGUGCCUCCCGCUGGGACCUGAUGGACGCCCAUGUUCUCUGUCGGCACCUGGGCUGCGGGUUCGUGGUGUCCGUUCCCGAAGGAGGGCAUUUUGGAAGAGGAACUGGCCCGGUGUGGAAUGACUGGUUCCACUGCGAGGGGACUGAGAGCAGCCCAGAUCAGUGCCCGGUGACCGCCCUGGGGGCCUCUCCGUGCUCCCACGAGAACGACGCUGCCGUCAUUUGCUCAGGCCCGCCUCACAACGCAUCUCUAAGGCUGGUGGGUGGAGGGAGCCGGUGCGACGGGCGCAUGGAGAUCUUGCAGCGCGGGACGUGGGGCAGAGUCCUGGAUGAUCAGUGGGGCAUGGAGGACACCGGCGUGGUGUGCCGGCAGCUGCGCUGCGAGGAGGCAGAGGCAGCCUACAUUGUGCCGAGGGCCGAGCGAGGGACGGGCCCCGUGGGGCUGCGCGGGGUGCGGUGUGCCGGCCACGAGGCCGGCCUGAGCCUCUGCGACGCCUCCCUGCGCCGGGCCGUGGGCGUCAUGGAGGACGUGGGGGUCGUGUGCCGGGGGAGCCGCCAGGUCCGGCUGGUGGACGGGGCCGGGCGAUGUGCAGGGAGAGUGGAGAUCUACUACCGGGGGCGGUGGGGCACGGUCUGUGACGACGCCUGGGACACGGCCGAUGCCAAUGUGGUUUGCCGCCAGCUGAGCUGCGGAUGGGCCGUGGAGGCGGCCGGCUCGGCUUGCUCUGGGGAGGGCUCCGGGCACAUCUGGCUGGAUGGCGUGAACUGCUCUGGGGAUGAAUCUGCUCUCUGGAACUGCUCUGCUGAGGCCUGGGGACAGCACGACUGUGGGCACAAGGAGGACGCAGGAGUCGUCUGCUCAGAGUUCGUGGCCCUGAGGCUGGAGAACAGCGAUGGCUGCUCCGGGCGCCUGCAGGUUUUCUACAACGGGACGUGGGGGAGCGUCGGCUCCAACUCGAUGACUGCCUACACGGCGCCACUGGUGUGCAAGGAGCUGGGCUGCGGGGACGGAGGGGUCCUGGAAAGCAAACAACCGCUACCGCAGGGUAAUGGCACUGCGUGGCUGGACCACGUGCAGUGUGGGGAGAGCAACAGCUCCUUCUGGCAGUGUCCCUCUGGUCCCUGGCAGCUGCAGUCCUAUGACGAUGUGUGAGACGAGGCCAGCAUCACCUGCAAUGGUAGGCGAGCCACCCGGCACCAGAUCCCGCUUCCCUCACCACGACCAAGGUGGCACAGCCAGGCGCGAGCAGAGGCCCCGCCCUG